AUGAUGGAAGGUUUUACAACAUCUCCAAGUGAUGUUGACACAUUGGUUGCUGUGGCUCUCAGCUGGCAAUGGUUUACCAUCAUUCAACUCGUCUUAGCACUCUUCGGUAUCCUUGGUAACAGUCUAGUCAUCAUUGUGUACGUUAAGAAACUCCGUAAUCGAAGCAACUCCAACAAACUCAUCGUGAUGUUAGCCGUUGCUGAUCUCAUCACAUCCGUCGCUAUAAUCCCCAUACCGUCUCUAACCUACGUACCCAACUCAGCAGUUGGUAGAGUCUAUUGCAUCUUUACAUAUUCUGCCGUCAUAAUGUGGAUUUCUAUCGUGGCUUCAAUCUUCACUCUCACCUUAUUGUCACUCGAGCGAUACUUCGCUAUUGUACGUCCCAUCAAACACAGAACAGUCUUUAGCACCCACCGAACGAAGUACUACAUUACAGCUAUCUGGAUCUCCGCACUUGGUGUUAACUCCAUACACUUUCACAUCACACGAGUCGAUGACACGAUGAACAAGUGCGUGCUCAUUUGGCCCAGUCCUGCCUUACAGGUCUUCCACGGGGUGUGUAUUUUCCUGGUGGAGUUUGCCGUCCCGGUUACUGUGAUGGUGGUAUCCCAUUACUGCGCCAUUAGAAAGUUACAAGAGCAGGCCACUGUACUUCUUAAGAGGAACGAAUCGACUUCAUCCCCUGCCUUCUCCUUGCUGCGAUGCCGUGCUUACGUCAUCCGAAUGGUCCUCAUGGUCGUCAUAAUAUUCAUCAUCUGCUGGUCUCCCGAUCAAGUCGCUUAUUUCCUACUCAACCUAAACGCCCUACCGACUGGCUACUUUGGGAGUAAAGUGUACCGCUUGUUUGCAGUCCUAGCCUUCAUAAACUCUUGCGUAAAUCCUUUGAUUUAUAUUUGUUUGAACAAGAACUUUAGAGUUGCUCUAAUGCAGCUGGUGCCCUGCAAGUGGAAGAUUGGGCUGGCAACGGGGAGUGAGUUAGAUACCUUAUCAAGACGUCUUGGUUCUGUACGUGAAACGAAAGUGAACCAACCAACCGUCCAUUUCUGUUAA